GAUGUCGCUGUAUAGCAACAUUAUACAUCAAACAAUACACAAUCAAAGUGCACCUCAUGGCUAUCACGUACCUCGUGUUCUCGCUGUUGUCCGCGGCUUGCGCCGUGGCGAGCGCGGAGCGCUCGGCCUUCGUAUCAGAGAGCCAGUUCUCUGUAUGGUUGACCGAGUCAAGGCGCAUUCGGGAAGCUAGGAUCAAGCACUUCAACAUGCCUGACGAGAAGUUCACUGUUGCCAUCACCGCCUUGACGCUUCCGACUCUGUACCCACUAGUCGUUGCGACGCCAAUGGCAUUAGAGUAUGCUGAUAAUGUUCACAAGGCUCUGAGGGAGCAAGGCGUGUGGGCGGCUGACGAGACGGACCUUAUGCUGCGCAUCACAAGCAAGUUCUGCCACCAUCCCAGCCAAAGGCGUCUAGUCCUUGAUGUAGGUUCCAACAUCGGCUACUUCGCCUUGCUGGCCGCUGCCCAGGGUUGUAAGGCCCAGGCAUUUGAUGGCAGCCUUGUGUCCCUUGGUUACCUUCACAUGUCUGUCGCGCUCAACCAGUUCCAGGAUCGCGUGCAGAUCUUUCCCGCACUUGUGUCCAAUACCUCCGUGGUUACUUUUGACGGCUGGAAUGUGAAUGCAAAGGGGACGACCUCGCCGCCCGGUGUGACAACGGAUGUGAUUCGUAUCGACGACGUUGCCAAGGAGCCCGUGUUGUAUGCAAAGGUUGACGUGGAAGGCUGGGAGCCCUCUGCGUUCGCAACAGCGCACCGACUGUUUACAAAUCCGCGCACCGCCCCCUGGUAUCUGUUCUUUGAGCUCACAUACUACCUGCACGAGGUCCGAACGUCAAACUGGGAGGUAUUUUCACUGCUGGCGGCCACGGGCUACAAAUGCGCCUCCCGUGGGCUGAAGGUGAUGCUGGACCAGCUGCCCAAGUCCGAGGACGAGUUUCUACAGUACAUUGAGAAGUAUACGGCCUGCACGGACCAAGUCAGGACCAACAACAAAUACUGUCAGGACGAGCUCUUCUGUGUACACAAUGCUGCGGCGUGGCGCCCUCCUGGUUUCUGAUAAGCAAGCUCUGAGCAAGCACGUGCAUUAUUACUGAGUAUACUACUGCAGCUGUUUUUGCUACUAGGAGCAGCCUAACAUUGGGAUCAAGGAGCACGUACAGUUUGUGAUAUUGUGUCGGUGAAGGGCUGAACUGGCAUGCUUGCCCUGGAGUGUGAAUGGAGUAUGGUAGGAGUAAGUGGAUGCUGGACGUUGUACAGAGGAUGGAAGGAGGCAGAGGCUAUGGGUUCAGGGCUUAGUACGUGAGACGAACGCGUGUUCUUAAGUCCGAGCCGGGGCCGACGUCUACAUUCUAAAGGGAUACGUCGUAUCAGGCCAGACAUCAUCUAGCUUACAUCUAUGGAUGCAUUUGUGUUGACGGCAACAGACAGGGGCUCAUACGCCGCUCAUGCAGGAUGUUGGAUUCGUUUAGCCUGGUGGCCCUGACAGCCUUCGCUGUAAUCAAGGAGCCGA